AUGGGUUCGGUUGGAACUGCCACAGUGGGAUCAUCCACUAUUAACCUGACAAAGACCAUUGUUGGUGCUGGUAUGUUAGCUAUCCCGUUUGUAUUUAAGAACGAUGGUGUGCUGGUAGGGGUGUUUUUAACGGUUUUGGCAGCCACUACUUCAGGGUUUGGACUAUUCGUCCUAUCUAGGUGUUCAAAAGUACUAUCAAAUCCAAGAACAUCCUCAUUUUUCACAUUAUGUAUGAUAACAUACCCUUCAUUAUCACCAUUAUUCGAUAUUGCAAUGAUAGUACAAUGUUUUGGUGUUGGUUUAUCUUACUUGGUUCUAAUUGGUGACAUUUUCCCUAGUUUAUUUGGCGGCGAAAGAAACUUUUGGAUAUUGACCUCCUCCUUAAUAGUUUGGCCAUUAUGUUCUUUGAAGAAAAUGGAUAGUUUAAGAUACUCAAGUAUUAUUGGUCUUUUAGCGCUAUCGUACAUCUUUCUAUUGAUUAUAGCCAUGUUUUUCAUUAAUAAUGUAUUUUCAGAGAAUGGAGCAUUGGAAAGUAGUCCCGUAAACUGGUUGCAUGUGUAUAGUUGGAAGGGUUUAUUCUCAUCAUUUAGCAUUGUUAUCUUUGCAUACACAGGUUCGAUGAAUCUUUUCAGUAUUAUCAAUGAAUUAGAAGAUAAUUCAAUGACACAAAUAAAUAAGGUUAUAAAUUCAUCUAUCGGUAUAUCUUCUUUCUUUUUCCUAAGUGUUGGUAUCGCAGGUUAUUUAACAUAUGGAUCAAAUACAUUAGGAAAUAUCCUGUUGAAUUAUGAUCAGAACUCUCCUUGGAUAUAUGUUGCAAAUUUCUGUUUGGCGUCGAUGUUAGUUUUAUCAUUCCCAUUGUUGUUCCAUCCAUUAAGAAUUGCUGUUAAUAACCUUUUUGUAUAUUUCAGAAUGAAACAGGCAGCAGGAGGACAAUCCAUAAAUUUAUCAGAUGAUAAUGAAGAAAAUGAGAAUCAACCAGAAGAUUACUAUUUUAACAGUAGUGCUGCAUCAUUAGUUGCGACUGCGACAAGAACAUCAAUGGCCUCGAUUAUAAUGAAUAUUGACGAAGAUGAUAUUAAUGAUAAUGAUAGAUUACUUGUAUCUAGUAUGCAUGCUAGUGAUAUAGAUGUUGAUAAUGAUAUGAUCUCGGAUAUAAUCACUUUACCUGUACCUGGUGAAGAAGAGCAGCAUGUUUCAUUCCCUAAUUACAGAUUUUAUGCUAUUACAUUUACUGUCUUACCGUUAAUGUAUAUAAUUUCGUUGAGACUUAAGUCAUUUGCAUUUGUUCUGGCUCUGGUGGGCGCUACAGGUUCUACAUCGAUGUCAUUUACUCUACCUGGAUUGUUUGGGUAUAAAUUGAUUGGCUCUGAUUCUUUAGCGAUUGGGCAAAUGAUUUCUAAGAGAGAUAACUUUUACAAAAAAUGUAGUUUAUUACUAGUCUGGUUUGGUAUCAUAGUGAUGGUACUAUCCUUAUAUGUAACGAUGAAGUACGGUGGGGAGAAUUAG